GACGGCGACGUGACAUCGCCGCAUAGGCGAACUAAAGAUCGAUGUCGGAUUGUUGAUUUUUUACUAAUAGUUGCAUCAGCUUGCACUACAAUAAGUACACAUAACUUUGUCUUAUUAGGAGUUAAUAAACAAAUAUAAAAACUUAACUAUAAUUACAAUGGCUGAAGGUGAAGUUCAGGUUGAUAUUAAACCUGCAGUCAAUGAAGACGAUGAUUUUGUAGACCCAUGGACUGUAACAGGAAAAUCUGAUACAGGCAUUGAUUAUGACAAACUUAUAAAAAGGUUUGGAAGUCAGAAAAUAGAUGAUGAAUUAAUUCAACGCUUUGAAAAAGUGACAGGCAAGAAAGCACAUCACUUUUUAACUCGUGGAAUAUUCUUCUCGCACCGUGAUCUCAACACAAUCCUAAAUCUACAUGAGGCUGGCAAGAAGUUCUAUUUGUAUACGGGCCGAGGGCCGUCCUCCGAGAGCAUGCAUAUCGGACACAUGGUGCCUUUCAUGUUCACAAAAUGGCUGCAAGAUGUUUUCGAUGUACCAUUAAUCAUUCAGCUGACUGAUGAUGAGAAGGUUCUGUGGCGGGAUCUGAAGAUUGAAGACGCGAGGAAAAUGGCCUUUGACAAUGCUAAAGACAUCAUUGCAGUGGGCUUUAAUCAGGAAAAAACCUUCAUCUUCAACGAUUUAGAUUUUGUUGGGCAAUGCCCCGCUUUCUACCAGAACAUGGUGAGGAUUCAGAAGUGCGUGACGUUUAACCAAGUGAAGGGUAUCUUCGGGUUCGGCGAGUCUGACGUCAUCGGCAAGAUCACCUUCCCGUCGAUAGAGGCCGCGCCGGCGUUCUCCACUAGCUUCCCAUUUAUAUUUGAGAACAAAGUUCUCCCCUGCCUGGUCCCGUGCGCCAUCGACCAGGACCCGUACUUCCGCAUGUCCCGCGACGUGGCGGCUCGCCUGAAGAUGCCGAAGCCCGCGCUGCUGCACUCCACGUUCCUGCCCGCGCUGCAGGGCGCGCAACACAAGAUGUCCUCCAGCGACCCCAACGCAUCCAUCUUCUUGAAUGAUAGCCCUAAGCAGAUUAAGAAUAAGAUCAAUAAAUUCGCGUUCUCCGGCGGUCAAGCGACGGUGGACGAGCACCGUUUGAAGGGAGGCAACACCAGCGUAGAUAUCUCUUACAAGUACCUCACAUACUUCUUGGAGGACGACAGGAGACUGGCUGAGAUCAAGAAUGAGUACGAAUCCGGGGUUUUACUAACAGGCGAGUUGAAGAGGGAGGCCAUUAACGUCAUCACGCCCUGGAUCCAACAGUACCAGCAGCGCCGCGCCAAAGUCACAGAUGAGAUCGUAGAAAGUUAUUUCAAGAUCAGACCAAUAAAACUGUAAAACUCCGUCGUUUAAAUUAUUUUCGUUUAACUUAUUAAAUAAAAGACUGACUUAGUCAGUAUCAGUAUGCCUUUAAGGUUACUUGUGUGAUUUUUAAUGAAAUUGCCUUCAAAUUGGUAUCGGACAUCGAAUUUCUCAUACAAUGUUUUAUGGAAUUACAUAUGCUUUGGUAACUGAGGCAAAUAAAACAUAAUUAAUGAGAAAGGCAAAUUUACACAUUCUACGCUUCACUCGUUAAAUGACUUUAUUGUUUGCACAGUAGAGUCUAUUAUCAUUUGCCUCGUUAUUUUCUUUCAACAGGGUUUUACUUUAAAGAAGUUACAUAUUAACGAUUUUACAAUUGUUUGACCAUAUCAUUCUAGUGCGUGUUGCUAAAUAGUUGUGCUAGGAAAGGCAAAAAGUUUCCUAAUAAAGCUGUCAUUAACUUAUUAUAUUAUUUAUCCAGAAAGUAUUUUUUUACAGUUUAGUUAAAUAAAAUACUUUUUAAGAUCUUUCAGUUGAGUUUUUAUACUCAUGUCGGUAGUACAUUGUAUACAAUAUUUAUAAUAAUCUCUGUAUCGCAUGGUUAUCGUAAUAUAAAAGUCGUAGUAAUUAAGCUAUAGCUUUACACAAUUUUUCAUAAUAAACAUUUUAAUAUUCCACA